AUGCGUUUCGGAAACUCAUUCAUUGGCGGUAUCACGAGCCUGCUGGCUUUGGCCAAUAUGGCCAUCUCCACCUCAGCUGUGGAGGGCAGAGAUGAGGCCACACCGCAGCUCAAGAACUGGGGCGUCGUGCUCUUCCGCGCUUUCGACGGCCAAGAUAUCUUCGGACCCCUAGACGCGCUGCAGCUACUGGCAUUCCAGCGCCAGAUGAACCUCUACCUCAUCGCCGAGACCUUGGAUCCCGUCACAUCCGAGCCCGCAUCCGCCGCGAUGAACUCGAAGAACUCGAGCUUCUGGCCGAUGAUCCUCCCGACUCAUACCUUCGCCAAUGCCCCGGAACUGGAUGUUCUCCUCGUGCCCGGCGGUGCGGGCGUCCGUGCCCCGGACGUGAAGAACAUCACGGACUUCAUUGCUGAUCGUUACCCGAGUCUCGAGUAUCUCAUCACUGUCUGCACCGGUGCCGGCCUGGCCGCUAAGUCGGGUGUGCUGGAUGGAAAGCGGGCGACCACAAACAAGUCGGCCUGGUCAACUGUCACGGCGUGGGGGCCCAACGUGGACUGGAUUCGUCAAGCCCGAUGGGUUGUGGAUGGUAACGUUUGGACUGCAGCCGGGGUCACGGCUGGAUUGGACUUGACCUUUGCAUUCCUAACCGAGAUGUUCGGGUACGAGCAGUCUCAUCGCAUCGCGACGCUCAUGGAGUAUGUACCAAACACAAACUCAAGUGACGAUCCGUUUGGAGCCGCCCUGAACAUCAACAGUUCGUGA